CAGGGGAAGUAGGGGGACGCCAGGGGAAGUAGGGGGACGUCCCUACACCUUCCGGUUGCCCUUGAGGACCCGGAGCGGUGCUGCGUGGUCACUUUGCCUGUGGCCUGCGCCGGAGCUGUGGGGAGGACGUCGGGACACCCUAGAGGCCGAGAAAUGGACCCAGUGACCUUUGAGGAUGUGGCUGUGAACUUCACUCAGGAGGAGUGGGCUUUGUUGGAUCUUUCCCAGAAGAAUCUAUACAGAGAUGUGAUGAGGGAAACCUUCAGGAACCUGGCCUUUGUAGGAAUAAAAUGGAAAGACCAACAUAUUGAAGAUCAAUGCAAAAAUUCAAGUUUUUCUAAAUACUUGAAAGAAUUCAUACUGAAGAACAACCGUACAAAUGAGAGAAACCUAAGAAGUCAUCUGGUAGAGAGACUCUGUGAAAGUGAAGAAGGUAGUCAGAAUGAAGAAACCGCCAGCCAGAUUCUAGAUCUUAAUCUGACUGAGAAAACAAGUGGAGUUGAACCCUAUGAUAGCACCACAUGUGGAGAGGGGACCACAAGUCAUUCGUCCCUUAGUAAGCACCCAAAAGCUCACACCGGACAAAAAACCCAUGACCAUCACGGUGAAAAGGAGACACAUCAAGAUAAGCAGUGUGCAAAAGCCAACGGUUAUCAUCACACUAGAGAGAAACGUUAUGAAUGUAAGGAAUGUGGAAAAGUCUUUAUUUCUCUUGCAAGCUUUCAAAGACACAGGAUAACACACACUGAAGCGGAACCUCAUGAAUGUAAAUGUAAAGUAUGUGGGAAAGCCUUUUAUUCUACUAAUUUAUGUCAGAUACAUGAAAAAACUCACCCUGAAAAGAAACCUUAUCAAUGUAAGCAAUGUGGUAAAGGGCUAAGUACUGCCAAGUCCUUCCAAAUACAUAAGAGGAUUCACACUGGAGAGAAACCCUAUGAAUGUAAGGAAUGUGGGAAAGCCUUCAGAUGUCCCAGUGAUUUUCGAAGACAUAAAAGAACGCACACUGGAGAAAAACCCUUUGAGUGUAAACAGUGUGGUAAAGCUUUUGCUCGUUCUAGUUCUGUUCGAAUACAUGAAAAAACUCACACCAGAACAAACACAGGCUGUGAAUGUAAGGAAUGUGGGAAAACCUUUGUUUCUCUCUCAACCUUUCAGAGGCAUAUGAUAAGGCAUACUGGAGAUGGGCCUUAUAAAUGUAAGGACUGUGGAAAAGCAUUCAUUAGUCUUGUUUCAUUUCAAAUACAUGAAAAACUACACACUGGAGAGAAAGUCUAUCAGUGUAAACAAUGUGGGAAAACCUUAAGCAAUCCCAGUUCCUUUCGAAUCCAUGAAAGAACUCACACUGGAGAGAGACCCUAUGAAUGUAAGGAGUGUGGGAAAUCUUUCAAUUGUCCAAGUUCCUUUCAAAGACAUGAAAAAACUCACACUGGAGAGAAACCCUUUGAGUGUAAAAAGUGUGGGAAAGCCUUCAGUCGUUCCUGUUACCUGCAAAUGCAUGAACGGAUUCACACAGGAGAGAAGCCCUAUGAAUGUAAACAAUGUGGCAAAGCAUUUAGCAGUUCCAGUUCCUUUGGAAUACAUAAAAGAACUCACACUGGAGAGAAACCCUAUCAGUGUAAAGAAUGUGGGAAAGCCUUCAGUUGCCACAGCUCUUUUCAAAGACAUCAAAGGAUUCACACUGGAGAAAAACCCUAUGAAUGUACAAAGUGUGGUAAAGCCUUCAGCCGCUCCAGUGUCUUUCAAAUACAUGCAAGAACUCACACCAAAGAGAAACCCUACGAAUGUCAAGAAUGUGGGAAAGUCUUUGGUUGUUCCAGUUCCUUUCAAAUACAUAGAAGAACGCACACUGGAGAGAAACCCUAUGUAUGUCAAGAAUGUGGAAAAGCAUUUAGUUGUUCUAGCACCUUUCAAAAACACAAAAGGACGCACACUGGAGAAAGACCCUAUGAGUGUCUAAAAUGUGGUAAAGCCUUCAGUCGCUCUAGUACCCUUCAGAUACAUAAUAGAAUUCAUGAAAGAACUCUUACUGAAAGAAAAACUGCCCAAAUACCGUGAGUAUGGGAAAGCCUUCAUUUGUCACAAUCCCUUUCAAAACAGGAAAGAACGCAUACUGGAGAGAAACCCUAUGUAAGGAAUGUGGGAAAGCUUUGGUUGAGGGGGAGAGCACAUUGAGAACACCCACUGGUGAGCAACUCUAAUAUGCUGAAGGUUCAGGUGCCUUUUGAUGUCCCACUUCACUUCAAAGCCAUGAGAGAAUGCAUGGAGGAGAGAUGCAAGCAGUGGAAAGUCAGCAGUGGGCAAAGCCCUCGGUUGGCUCAUCUUAAGGGACAUGUAAAAUGCACACUGGGGCUUGAGUGGAGCUUGGCAUGUUAGAGCUGCUGACCAGCCCCAUGACCCCUGGUCAGUACUCAGGCAAAGGUGGAGAGAAAUAAUGAACACUGCAUUGAAGACUUGAAAGUGUGAAAAACAAGAAGAAUGUUUUCAAUUUUGACAGUUACUUUGAAAGCCUUAUAGAAGCUUCCAAUUUAGAGAAAACAUACAUAUUGAAAUAAUAUGCAAAGCCUGAUGCAAAUUAAUACACAUAUAAUGCUCCAGAAAAUACACGUCCUGAAGGAAAUGUUAUUAAAGUUGUAAACUGAUUUUCUCACCUGCCUUCCUCUUUUUUUCCUUUUGUUUAAUACAUAAAUGGGGGCUGAACCCAGGAGUGCGCUGCCACUGAGCUGCAUUCCCAACCCUUUUUAAGAUUUUAAGACAGGGUCUUGCUAAGUUACCAAGGCUGAUCUUGAAUUUGUGGUCCUCCUGCCUCAGCCUCCUGAAUUGCUGGGAUUAAUAGGCAUGGGCACUGCUCCCAGCUUAAAUUGAUUUUCUUUAUUAAUAGCUCAUUCUUUUUUUUGAAGAAGGGUACUGGAGAUUGAACUUGGGGGACCUCAACCACUGAGCCACAUUCUCAGCCCUAUUUUGUAUUUUAUUUAGAGACAGAGUCUCACUGAGUUGCUUAGUGCCUCACCAUUGCUGAGGCUGGCUUUGAACUCAUGAUCCUCCUGCUUUAGCCUCCCAAGCUGCUGGGAUUAUAGGUGUGCACUACUGCACCCAGCUGAUAGCUCAUUUUUAAUAUAGCUCUAGAGUUUGAAUUUUUACUAAUUUCCACAAAGAAUCAUUAAGGCUUGAUAAUUUUCAUAAGUACUUUUAAAGCAACAGUAAAAGAGUUUAAUAGGUAGUGUUUUUAAGUUACUUAAUAAAAUUUUUACUAUUUUUAAUUCUAGGGUUCAUGGGUAAAUUGAAAUGUUUCUAAUAUACAGAGAAGUUUGCUUUUUAUGUACUUUUAAAUUUUAUGUUUAGUAGGUCACUUAAAACACUUGUUAACUGUUGGAAUUUCUUACUGGUCACAUGGCGGGUUAUAGCUCUGUCUCCUCCAUCUCUAUAUUCUUCCAUUUCUUAUGGGGGAAACUGCUUUGUAAAAAACGUGCAUAGAAUUUUAUUUUAUUUUCUUGGGUAAUAAGGAGUUGCCAUCAAUUUUUAAGUAUGUAAAGUUUUUAUCAUAAUCUCAUGUUGAUUCUUAUUUUCAUCUUUUGCCUUUUACUGUUUGUUAUUUCUGGCUGUUAUUUGGAUAGUUCACUUUGAGUGACAGAGACCAGUGAUUGAACAAUAAAAGUGUGGGAAAGCCAUCAGUCCUUCCUAUUACCUGCAAAUGCAUGAAAGGACUCACACAGGAGAGAAGCCCUAUGAAUGUAAACAAUGUGGCAAAGCAUUUAGUAGUGCCAGUGUUGGACUGUGAUAUGACUUUGUUGGUAAUGGUGGGAAGUAGAUUUCCCAGAAUGUAGUCCCCUUAUGGUGCCUUGUUAGAAGUUGGCAGUAGUCUAAACUUGGAUGAGAAUUGGAAAGAAGUGAAGAGGCAUUUAUCAGAUUUUGAAGUCACACGUCUUUUGCCUAGUAUGUGUGAGGCUCUGGGUUCCAUCCUCAGCGCCAUGUAUAAAGGUAUUGUGUCAUCUACAACUGAAAAAAAAUAAGUUGGAUUCCCUGUUCUGAGUUGUGAAGUUUCUUGUAAAUUUUUGUUCCAGUUCCACAUGAGAUAUCUCAGUUGGAAUUUUCCCCCAAACCCUAAUGUGUCUGUCAGGCAGCCAGUUUAGACAGUCAUUCUUGGAAAUACUCUGACUCCCCUCUAUGGGUUGAAUUGAUAUAAGAUCUAAUUUGUAUAGUUAAUGUCCGUUUUCAGUGCCAGUUACUGUGUUCCUGAUUGCAUGGCAGCUACAGUGAUGCCAAAGAAAUAACUAGUUGAGGGGCUGGUGGUGUAGCUCAGUGGUAGAGCACUGCCCAGCAUGCUGAGGCCUUGGGUUCAAAUCCCCAGCCACCAAAAAUAAAAAAAAAGCUUUAUUGCAUUGUGCAGUGCUCUGUGGUAGAGCACUUGGCUACUUCCAUCUGAGCCUGGAGGGAGGUCUUCCUCUUCCUCACAGCUGAAUAUAUCAUUCUGUUCAUUUUUAGUUACAUUUUAUUCUCUGUGAUUAAAAAUAUUGAAAUUUUUUCCCCAAGGAGAAUUUCUGUACAUUUCUCUUAAUAAUGUUGAAUAUGUUCAAGCAACUUGUAUGCUAACAAAUAUUGUCUCUUUUAUUUACUAAGAUAUAUUAAAUAUCCCAUCGCCAUUGUGGAUCAGGCCAACUUUUAGUUUUGCCAAGUUAUUCAUUAAACUUUAUGAUGUGUUACCAUGUA